GCUCCGCAGUGCUGUGUCGUGGUGGGGGGUGGCGGUGCAUGGCCAGAUUUAUUCGGAGGGGAGGGAGGAGGACGGAGCAGCACAGCAGCCCCUGGGUGCUCACCACUCCCCCCCCCCCGGCGCGUUCCUCCCAUAGGGCCCCACGCAGGGAGGGCACCCCGCGGGCAGGGUGACGGCACCCACGGGUGCCCCUUCCCGGUGCGUCCUCGUGGCUGAGCGGUGCGUAACCCCCUCCCGGCGCACCCUACGCCGUCAUUAGCGGGGCGGCCUCGUCCCCGGAGCCGUCCCCUCGUGCCACCUGUCCCUGUCCCCAUGCUGGGAGCAGCCGUCACCGCGCUGCCGCCGCCACGGCCAUGAGCAACGCCACGGCUCCCAGCGCUCCCAGCGCUGCGGGCGAUUCGCUGGUGGGUUCCGUGCUGGGCCCCUUCGUGCUGCUCACCCUGCUGGGCGCCGUCCUGGCCGCGGUGAUGUACGUCCAGAAGAAGCGGAGGUCAGAGCGCCUGCGGCACCGCCUGCUGCCCAUGUACAGCUAUGACCCCGCCGAGGAGCUGCAGGAGUCGGAGCACGAGCUGCUGGUGGAGGCAGAGGAGCACCAGGUGGGUCCCACUUGGGGGUCCCGCGGGGGCUGGAGGGCCUGAGGCUGCCCUGGAGCGGGGCCGGACCCCACAGCUCUUCCCAGCACUGCGGUGGCACGGCACCGGGAGCACCACCAGCGGCCCCAUAAGCACCGAUGGUAAUGGGGCAUCUCCCACCUUCCUGCACAUUUCUGCUGCUUUUUGUUGAAACCACCCUAAAACCCCCAUAAGUGCACCAGGGAUGGGGUGGGAAAUGCACUGGGGCUGUGACGUGAGUGCAGCCCCAGGGAGUGCCCACAGGCUCCUAUCGGCCCUAUAUGGGGUUUGUGGGGUCGGGACACCCCAGGCUCCCUGGGUGGGGGCAAAUAAACGUUUCUCUGCCAUAAGA